AGUGGCAGAACAAAUCUCUUCAUUCACUUACCACCAUCUUUGUGGAUUUCUUUUCAGCACGGGGCUCAAGGAACUAUCCAGAAGGCUUCAUCAUGUCCAAUGCUCCAGACUCUCAGCAGCCUCCAGAAAUCACAGAGCAGACAGAGACAAUUGUGGACUUGAACCUUCCUCUUCCUCCUCCUCCUCCUGCUCCAGAGGAUGAAUGGGGCCCAAAUCCUGAGCCUACUAAAAUGAGUGCUUCUUCUAUUCCCUUUUUUCUGUAUGGAAUCAUUCCUGUGGUCCUGGGAAUCUUCAGCUUGCUGCUCUUGGCAUUAUGUGGAUUCUUUGGUUAUCAGUACUUUCAUACUGUUGAGGCAUCAGCGACCAAGAUGAAGAGCCUUAACGCAUUGAUUGAGUCUUUUCAAAGCAAAGCAGACAAAUUUCUUCAUGUCCAAAAUGUUCUUGACCAAAAUAAAGCCUUAUUGUCCUAUGUGGAAACCCUAGAGUGGCUGCAAAGCCAGGAGUAUCUCCUUGAGGCUUUACAUGAACUCAAUCAGAAACAAGGAGUCAGGUGUGGACGUCCUCUGAAACGCUGGGUUCAAUCCAAUGACCACUGCUACCACCAAACCAUGGAAAUGGUUUCUUGGUUAGACUGUUUCGAUAUUUGUGUCUCUUUGAAUGCUACAUUUUUAAAGACAGAAGGGAGUAGGUUAAAGAAUGUCAUGGAAUUAAUUGCAGUAGGUCCUACUUGGCUUGGCCUGUCUUACAGGGAGAAGGACAAUGAAUGGAAAUGGGAGGAUGGCUCCUCUCCUUCUCCUGGGCUGGGUUUACCAGAGCCAAGUCUGGAUUUCCAGGGAAAAUGUGUGUAUGUAAAGGCACACACUCUUGGUACUGAUAACUGCACCAUACCCUCUUCAUGCCUGUGUGAGAAGGCUGUCCACUAAAUCAGAAGAAAGUUAUGAGAAAAGCUAUGAGGGUCACAUCUCAAUAACAUUCCAGACGCAAGACCUGCUUGUCUUUGUUCUAUUGUUUUUUUCAUGUUAUUUGUAACCCUUUUAUCUCAUAGCAGAAACUGUCAAAUGACUUUAUGAUAGACGAAGGCAGAGCCUAGAGUUUUAGCAGAAAUAUCAGAGGAGCACCAAAAAGUUACAAAUUCAGAACCUGUUUGAUUUCAUGAGAAUUGUAUAAAUGAACUAA